AUGAGUCCUGAGCUUGGAAGAUAUCUACGGGAGGCUGAUGUGUGCAAAUGGGCUCGUUCUCUCUUCCCUGGCUCCAGGUAUGACAUCAGGACCACGAAUCCUGCAGAGUCGAUAAAUUCAGUUCUUAGAAUACCUAGAGAAUAUCCGGUUAUUCCUUUGCUUGAUAGUAUAAGAGAACUGUUGACUCGAUGGUUCUAUGAGCGUCGCUUGUUAAGCUCAAAGCAUCUUGAUCCUUUAACCGCUAAGGUGGAGAAAAAGAUUGAUAGGAGAAUUGUGAAGGCAAAAGAAUUCCAGGUUUACAAGGUUGACAACUUCAGAUCGGUUGUAAAAGGAGACAUAUAUGAUUGUCAUGUUGAUUUGGAAAGAAGAACAUGCACAUGUGGUAAGUAUGAUAUAGGAAAAAUUCCUUGCCGACACGCCAUUCCUGCAAUUUAUUCACGAGGUAUGGAAGUGCACAGAUUUACUGACGCCUUAUACAGCACUGCAGCAUGGAGAACCGCCUAUGCAGAAUGCAUUAAUCCAAUAGCAGUUCUAGAGUCUGAAUGGAAUGUCCCAGCUGAGGUUAAACUUGCAAAGGUUUUACCACCAAAGACAAGAAAGAGUGCUGGUCGACCAGUAAAGAGAAGGUAUGAAUCAGUAGAAGACAAGAUCGCAUCUUCUCAAGGAUCAAGGAAGAAUAAAAAGCAUAAGUGCAGCCGUUGUGGAACUGAAGGACACAAGAGAGGAACAUGCGAUUUACCCAUCUAG